AUGGCGGCGGGCGGGCGGCCGCCGGGCCUCUGGGAGCGGGUGUGCGCAGAGUAUGAAGCAGAACAGCCUCAAUUCCCAGAUGUUCCUGAAUCAGAACAUGGAUCUGUGUCUUCGGAAGCAGGAGUAUUGCAGCCAUUAUGUAUGGAACAAUUUUAUUCAGCCCCUGCAGCUGAUACUGUUGUCCGACAGUCGCUUCCCAUACCCGAGGCAGCCCCCUUUCCAGAACCACCUGAUCCUAAAACAUGUUCUCCUCAAGAAUACUUAGAGUAUUACAUAUUUCCAGUACUCUUACCUGGAAUGGCUGAACUUCUGCAUCGAGCAAAGAAGGAAAAGUGUUUUGAGAGAAAAAGGACCAAAUUUAUUGCCUGUGAUUUCCUAACUGAGUGGUUAUACAACAAGAACCCAAAGAGGAAAGAUGAAUCAUUCACAGAAUUCUUUUCCAUUCCUUUUGUUAACAACUGGCUAAAGGACCAUCCUAGGCCACCAAUUCCUCUCUCUCUCCUUCUAUCAGAAGAAGAAGCAAGCAUAGUAAUUCAGUCCUUCUGGAGAGGUUAUCGGGUCCGCUGUGAUAGUGAAAUACAAGAGCUACGUCAGUGGCAAAAGCUGUUGAGAGAGGACAAAAACAUUAUUAAGAGAGUAAAAGAAUUCUGGACUAAGCAGGAAGCCAAAGUGGGAAGCAAAUCGGAAGACUCAGAAGAACAUACACAAAAACAUUCAACAUCUCGGUUUUAGUUUUCUCAGCAAUAUCACAAAACACAGAGCUCAUGGACUAAACUUUGUGGUACUGAUUUAGAAACACUCUUAGCAUUACAGUUUUACUUUUGCACGUGAGGUGUUGUAAAUCAAAGGGAGAUUAUGUAAGGACCCAGCAUGCCAAGAAAAA